UGUUUUUAUAGACUUACUCCAGGAUCCAGAAGCAACGAUUUUUCGUAUGUUUCCAAGGGCUGGAGGAAAGUUGUUCUUUCGCGGAUACAGGCACAGGCGUCAGUUACAAAAAAUAUGGCAAAGAUGUGGGAAGCUCUUGAGCUACUAGGGAAGGGGUCAUUGCUUCUGGAAGAUGCGUCCUGGGCACAGACAUUUGAGGCAAAAGUUGCAGACCAAAGCUGGCUGUGCCCCACUGUUGCUGUCUGUGCUCCUGGCUGCCCUUCCAGGGCCACAGCGCACAGGAGGGAAAAGAGGCCACCCAGGAAGACACCGCCUCAUCCGCAGGGGCUUUAGGGGCACACGGCUGGCUGUGGCUUUCACAUUUCUCAGAGAAGUUGUCUUGAGAAGGUGCAAAAUCCUCGCCCUUCUGUCUGCUAUAUUCCUGGGAGCCCCAUUUCAGAAGCCGACUGCCCCCGGGGUCUUCCCAGGGCACUGGGGAGGGCCGAGGCUGAGGCCGACCAUGCCCAGUCUGCUGCUGCUCGCCGCUGCACUGCUGUCCAGCUGGGCUCAGCUUCCGGCCGAAGCCAGCUCCUGGUGGUCAUUAGCUGUGAACCCGGUGCAGAGACCCGAGGUGUUUAUCAUCGGUGCCCAGCCCGUGUGCAGCCAGCUUCCCGGGCUGUCCCCUGGCCAGAGAAAGCUGUGCCAACUGUACCAGGAGCACAUGGCCUACAUAGGGGAGGGAGCCAAGACAGGCAUCAAGGAAUGCCAGUACCAGUUCCGGCAGAGGCGUUGGAACUGCAGCAUCGUGGACAACACGUCUGUCUUUGGGAGAGUCAUGCAGAUAGGGAGCCGGGAGACGGCCUUCACCUACGCAGUGAGCGCGGCAGGCGUGGUGAACGCCAUCAGCCGAGCGUGCCGCGAGGGUGAGCUCUCCACGUGUGGCUGCAGCCGGACAGCGCGGCCCAAGGACCUUCCCCGGGACUGGCUGUGGGGCGGCUGCGGGGACAAUGUGGAAUAUGGCUACCGCUUUGCUAAGGAGUUCGUGGAUGCCCGCGAGCGGGAGAAGAACUUUGCCAAGGGGUCGGAGGAGCAGGGCCGAGUACUCAUGAACCUGCAGAACAAUGAGGCGGGUCGGAGGGCUGUGUAUAAGAUGGCAGACGUGGCCUGCAAAUGCCACGGCGUCUCAGGGUCCUGCAGCCUCAAGACGUGCUGGCUGCAGCUGGCCGAGUUCCGCAAGGUGGGGGACCAGCUGAAGGAGAAGUACGACAGCGCGGCCGCCAUGCGCAUCACCCGCAAAGGCAAGCUGGAGCUGGUCAACAGCCGCUUCAACCAGCCCACCCCGGAGGACCUGGUCUACGUGGACCCCAGCCCUGACUACUGCCUGCGCAACGAGACCACAGGCUCCCUGGGCACUCAGGGCCGCCUCUGCAACAAGACCUCGGAGGGCAUGGACGGCUGCGAGCUCAUGUGCUGUGGCCGUGGCUACGACCAGUUCAAGAGUGUCCAGGUGGAGCGCUGUCACUGCAAGUUCCACUGGUGCUGCUUCGUCAAGUGCAGGAAAUGCACUGAGAUCGUCGACCAGUACGUGUGCAAAUAGCCAGCGAGGGCCCACUCCUCUGGCCUCGCCUCUGCUCUGCCUCACAAAGUUUAUAUUAUAGAAAUCUAUAUAAAUCUAUUUUAUAUUUGUAUAAAUAAAUGGAUGGAUGAUAAAUAAUUAAAAGAAGAAAAUGGAAAGGAAAAGCUUAUUUAAGAGACGCUGGAGACCUUUGAGGAUUGAACUGUGCUGGUUCUCUACUCUGGGUGGGUGGGGAAAGGGGAUUCUCCCCCUCCCUCUGGUGGGUCGUCGCAGUGGGUAGGGACUCGGGGAUAUUCACUGUCAGGCCACCACGGCCUCGAGGAGACUCAUGGUGGUUACAUGGAGAAGAUGCUUUUGUCUGAAGUCUGGAGUCUUUGCUGGGUGGACAGCCGCCCUGUGACCCCCGUCGUUAGCCAGGAGGCCCUGUGCAAGGUGGCAGAACUCAGCUCAAACCAUCGCAUCCUCAGGGUCUUGUCCAGAAAACCGAUCAUUUCUGUAAGAGGCCCAGGGCUUGCUUACCCUUGGGUUUAUGUGCACCCUUGCAGAAUCCACAGUUACAGGAACGAGGACAGGUCCCAUGUCAUCUCUGACUGGUGACCACGAAGUAGACCUGCAUCUCCCCAGACUCCUGGGCCUGACUUUCCAGCGAGAAUUAUUCUCCCUCCACAGUUCACUAGCUCCUGCCACCCAUUCCCUGCGCCGAGGGGAAAGCGAGUCCCUUGGCCUGACUUGUUAGGAGAGAUGUGAACGGAGUAUUUGUGCCACAGCUGCAGAGAGCCAGGAGCGUAACUGGACCAAGCAAACAUUGCACUGUGCUCCCGCAGGGAGGGGCAGCUGGGGUGUUGCUGUCACUUCCUCCAUCACGGGGGCCCCACCAAUGACAGGACGCGUGGCCAAGUCAGGCUCCGCUGGCCCGGCACUGUCUUUUCAUCUCUGCCCCAGAUGUACAGUUUCUCUCUGAUAUUAAAUACCCUUCACUGGAA